AUGCCUGGCUUUGUAGAUCUUGGAGGUCAUGCUGAUGAGACCAGUAACGCAACCAAGGCCCUUGUGUUCAUGGUCAGGGGAUUGCAAGUUGGAAAGAGAAAAAGGUCAGAGGAAGGCUGUAGCCAGACUGUCCUGCAGGGAACAAACAACAAUGCUGCUAAGAAAGGACUGGUUGAAGUGCUGGAGGUUCCUAACACUGAAGCUCCAGCGAGGAAGAAGAGAAAAGGGGCAGUGGAGCAGCCCAAGAGACAGACUCGUAGACAGAGGAAAGCCGCCAAGCCUGACACCUUUGCCACUCGCUAUAUUGUUGGAGAAAAACUAGGCGAAGGAAGCUUUGGAUCUGUCUUCAAAGGACAGCGAGUGUCUGAUGGCCUACAGGUGGCCAUCAAAUUUGUGCAAAAACUGCAUGAUGACCGAUAUGUCCAAAGUCCUGUUGAGUUUAAGGUUGUGCCUGUGGAGGUGGCUCUGCUGCAGAUCAUGAGCCAGCCACCCAUCUGCAAAACCGUCAUCCAGCUCAUCGAAUGGUUUGAUGAGCCUGACCGCUACAUCUUGAUCCUGGAGCGCCCUGACCCUUGCAAGAGCUUGGACAGUUUCCUUCAGGACUAUGGAGGUCACGUCACUGAAGACAUGGCGCGAGAUAUAGUCUGGCAGUCUGUGGUGGCGGCAUUCCAGUGCAGCAAGCGAGGUGUCCUGCACCGGGACAUCAAACCGGAGAACUUGUUGAUCAACCAGGACACCUUGGAGGUCAAGCUGAUCGACUUUGGCUGCGGCGAUUUGAUCAAGAAAUAUGGUUACAACAUUUUUGAAGGUAAAACAAGCAACUUAGCUGUUCAGUGUUAGUGAAUGUCUGUGCUCAGCUCUGCUCAUUUCUCUCCCUCUUUCAUUUUCACAGGCACAAACGAAUACUGCCCUCCUGAGUUUCUUCUGGAAGAGAGGUAUCAUGCUGGUCCAGCAACAGUUUGGUCCCUUGGUGUCCUAAUGUUCAGGAUGGUUUGCGGGUUCCUUCCCUUUGCCAAGGAUGAUGACAUCAUUGAUGGGGCUCUGCACUUCAGAGAUGGACUAUCUGAUGGUGAGAUAAAUGAGAGCAUCCUGGUAAACGAGUGUGGAAAUGACAAUGAUUCAUAA